AUGGCGUCACCAUCGAUUGUGCAGUCAUUUCGAAAAUGGCGCACAACACCAGCACACACAUCAUUCGACUUCACAGCAGAGGCUACUCUGGUUGUAGCCAGAGCAGUGGAACAACGGACUAUCGCCGAGAGCGACCCGUCAAGACUUGGUUUCCUGGACUUGCCUGGUGAGGUGCGCAACAUCAUCUACGAUCUUGUGGUGGAUGAACUACCACGCAGUCGCUCACUGAACCUCUACGACUUCCGGCUACGAAUGCCAAAGAUGGCUGGGGCGUGCAAGCAGAUCUUCCGAGAACUUGUGAGUGUUCGGUUCGCAAGAUUUGACUCCGGGUUCUGGUGGCAAGGCAACACAUCUGGUAGUGGCUUGGACUUCUCUAACACACAACAUCGCUUGCUCUCAACCGCUGCCGAACACCGCAUAGUAAGAUUCGCCCGAUUGGGUGCACCUCUCACCCUCAAGCGUCUUAUGUUCGUCGCACCUGCUUCUCAUGGAACAGAACCAGGUACCUCGCGCCGUAGAUGGUAUAUCCACAUGGAAAACGGCACAGUUCGGGUCGAACUUGGCAGCAAUUAUACGGGGACAACGGAGUGUGCGGGGAUCUGGGAGGACAACAUGACGAAAGCGUUGACAGAUAUCAUGCAUCAGCAUGGCACAAGAUCGAUCGGCAUACCUGAGCUCGAGGCAUUCCGUCACCUACUUGGUCGCUUCAACAUGGCAAAACAUUUUCAGGGCAAAUCAGUCAGUCCUCAGGCACUUGGGUCCAAGGAUCUAGAGAUGAUCAAGUUGAAGGACACAUAUCUUGGUUGUCACCUUGAAACACAUCCAUGGAAGUUCUACACAAGGGUAGAGCUCGAGAUGGAAAGACGUGGAGGUUGA